AGCUUACCAUUUGUCCUCUGAGUUGAGACAUCAAUUUUCAAGGAUACCACAUCCGAGCAUGACUGAUCAAAUCAUCUUCUGUAUUUUCAGGAUAUCUGGACCGGUUCGAAUAGCAGGUGACUGUGACUACCCCGACGUCGAUCUGGGCAGCAUCGUCAAAAGUGUUGUUUUUCGAGUCUUCUCCUGCGGUUGCAAGUACCACAAUGUGAUCGUACAGUGUCUCGAAUCAGUGAGUCUCCUGGACUAUAAACCAAGAUCUAAAAAAUUAGGCAUGAAUUAAGACAGUGUGCAAAAGAACCGUAUAUACAUGAGAGAAAACAGUUUCUCUCCAAAACGCGAUUUCCGCAGUGUUUCGUAGGUAAGGAUAAAAAAAGAUGUCCGAACUUCUCGUGAAUCGUUCAUUAAAUCCUUCGCCAAGUCGGUGGAUCAGAUGCAACGUGAUGACCGUGUCAAAAGCUGUGAAACAUCAACCGUCAAUUUGAGCGACAUCUUUUUCUGUGAACAAAAAAGCAAGAAAAGAAAAAAAAAGAAACAAACAACAACGACGAAGCAAUAAAAAUUCGGGAAAGAUGAUAGAGCGGGAAUUCUGACUGCUUAUCGAGACUCGGCUAAUCCAAUCCCCGGAAGAGGCGAGGGAAAGGGCGGAAGGAUGUUUCACCCGAUGUUCUGACUGCCUAUGGAUAUAUUCGGUCGCUGCAAUAACGUCGGUGUCGGUGCUGGAGUCGGUGGUGGUGGUUGUGGUGGAGGCGGAGGCCGAGGAGAAGGCCGAGUCGGUGCAGGACUGGGGUCAGUUGGCGGAACCGGAAACGGCGGAGGAAUGCAGUUGACGGGGGCUUCAGCCCCGGGGGCGGCGGCCUCCCCCGAGUCCGGGGUGUCGCCGCUUGCCGACGCCUACACGAAGAUGACCAGCGACAUACUCGCCGAACGAACCCUCGGCGAUUUCGUUAGCGAACAUCCUGGGGAGUUGGUCAGGACCGGUUCCCCGCACUUCGUGUGUACCGUUUUGCCGGUUCAUUGGAGGUCGAAUAAGACGCUGCCGGUAGCCUUCAAGGUGGUGGCGCUUGGCGAGGUCGGCGAUGGCACCCUGGUUACGGUCCGCGCUGGGAACGACGAAAACUGCUGUGCGGAUCUCCGGAAUUCGACAGCCCUGAUGAAGAACCAAGUCGCGAAGUUCAACGACCUUAGAUUCGUUGGUAGAAGCGGAAGGGGGAAAAGUUUCACCUUGACGAUAACGGUGUCUACGUCACCUCCGCAGGUCGCAACCUACACGAAAGCCAUCAAGGUGACCGUCGACGGUCCACGAGAGCCGAGAUCCAAGACCAUGCUGUCACUUCUAGGGCAGCAGCAGCAGUUUCACGCCUUCGCCUUCGCCUCUCAACGCGGAGGACCGUUCUUCGCAUCGCCGUUAGUUGAUACCUUGCAGACGUUACCAAACCCCCUGCAGCCCCUAUCGAAUCCUCUGCAGCCGAGGGACCCGCUGUCAUCCUUCAGGCACGCGAUGCCAGCCAACUGCCAGAAUAUGUCUCAGUUCGGGUUGACGGCAACGAAUUCCUGGGGCUACGGCAGCGCCGCAGGAUACGCCGGUUAUCUUCCGGGCCCUUUGUCUUCCUGCGCAGCUCAGGCCCCGUUUCCUCCACCGCCGCCUCCGCCGUCGCUCACCUCGUUCACGGGGACGGCAUCGAUGACGACCCCAACGGCGCCCGAUUCGACCGCAGGAUCAACGGUCGUAGCCGGUGCGACCAGCACGACGCCUCAGCAGGACGCUUUCUCCACCGUCUCGUCUCUGGUUCCAGACACGACGACGCCGAGCCAGCCGGACCCUCUGGACCCGCUGAACACCCUGAUGUCGGGCUCGGCGCAGAGGUACCAGGACUACGUGUCGCCGAGGUCCUUGUCGACGGACUCCAGCACCACCGAGAGUCCCGUCCACGAAGAAGGCUUCGGGCAAAACUACGGCAACUACUUUCCCACGCCGGGGGUCCUGCCCAGCAUCCUCUACUCCCAGCUCUACACGAAUCAGUUUCAAAGCUCGGAGAACACCGAGCAGCGAGUCGUCACCGAGAGCUGCAGCGUCAGGCAGGAAGAGGUUCGUCCUGAUAACAACGUCUGGAGGCCCUACUAGCCGAAGCUUCUUCAAGCCGAGGAUUAUCCCAA